AUGGCAUCCAAAAUCUCCGAUAUGGACGCAACAACGGCCGAUCAUCUCGAAUCGACAGAGAAAAAAGACCCCUAUGCGGCAGACCCAGGCAUUGAAAUUGACGAGGCAACUGAUAAACGACUCUUUUGGUUGAUCACUCGUCGUAUCCUGGUUAUCCAAAUUGUUACCUAUUUCUUUCAGUCGCUUGACAAGGGCAUUCUGAAUUAUGCCUCUAUCAUGGGUAUCAAGGACGAUGCACAUCUGGUCGGACAAGAGUAUUCGUUACUGGGUACGAUUUUGUACAUCGGGAUCCUCGUGGGAGAGUAUCCCCAAAACCUGCUGCUGCAGAAGUUUCCGGUCGCCAAAAUGCUCUCUGUCAAUGUAUUUAUCUGGGGUGCGAUUGUGGCCUGCUCGGCCGCAUCUACGCGCUUUGGAUCUCUCAUGGCAGUCCGGUUUCUGUUGGGGUUCUUCGAGAGCUGUAUUCAGCCUGCAAUGAUGCUCAUAACAGCCAUGUGGUAUAAGCGGGAAGAGCAGUCGGUGUUGAACUCGAUAUGGUACUGUAUGACGGGAGUGCAACUGAUGAUUGGUGGUCUUCUCGCCUUCGGCACUUCACAGUACGUAGGCGGAGUGAUAAAGAACUGGCAACUGCUUUUCCUCGCUCUUGGAUGCGCGACAUGCGUGUGGUCAUUCUUUAUUGGCUUCUUCCUACCUGAUAGCCCUCUCUCAGCCAAGUGCUACAGCGAAGAAGACAAGAAACUGAUGGUAGAGCGCGUACGGCAUAACGAGACGGGAAUCGAGAACCGACAAUUCAAGCGAUAUCAAGUCAUCGAAACGAUCCAGGAUCCUAUUGUCUGGUGCUGCGUGAUGCUCAUUCUCGUGGCCAACCUAGUUAUCGGUGGUCUGGGCGUCUUCUCCAACCUAAUCAUCGAGCAAUUCGGCUUCUCUCUGCUUCAAACCGAGCUUUUGAAUAUCGCCCAAGGCUCAUGGACAAUCAUCGUAAUGGUUGGAUCAGCAUGGUGCUCGCAACGCUUUCAACAGACGUGUUUAAUCAUGAUCCUCUGGACAAUUCCAGCCAUCGUCGGAACCAUCGUUAUCCUGGUCGUAACACCCACAUCAUCCAACGCCGGCGGCAUGCUCAUCGCCUUCUACUGCACGCAGUUCUUCCUCGCCGAGGGCAACAUGAUCAUCUCCUUGAUCACCCGCAACACAGCCGGUCAGACUAAGAAGAGCCUAACAAUGACCUUCCUUUUCGUGGGAUGGGCCGUGGGGAAUCUCAUCGCGCCGCAGAUCUUUCAGGAUUCUGAUGCUCCACGAUACUUGCAUGGCUUUCUGGCGCAUAUUGUGAUCUAUGCUGUCUUCAUUGCGCUGACGGUUUUGACGAGGGUGAUUUUGACGAGGCGGAAUAAGGCCAAGGAGGGCGAGAGCAGUGAUGUCUCGCAUGAGUUGGCGUUUCAGGAUUUAACGGAUCGGGAGAAUCCAAAUUUUCGGUAUGUAUAUUAG